CUCUCAGACUCUCAACCUCAUAAUAGCAAAGCCCCGAUGGUAGGCUCACCGGACGAGACAUAAGAUGGGAACUGAAUUAUCCAUGGAUGUGAAGGGAACUUGGUUAUCAUGGGUCAUCAAACACAGCAACCCAAAACCAAAGAGAAGUGGGAAUAAUGUUUAAACCCGCAUUAUAGAAAUGCACACUUUCUCACUGUCGCUGGGCUUUCUGCGCUUUCAUCGCAAAAGGCUUUCUUUAAAUAUUGCUGCAAGGACGUUUAUAGCUGCACGAUCACGGGCACUCAACAGAGAACAUGCCCGUGAGACGAGGGCACGUCGCCCCUCAAAACACUUUCUUGGAUACCAUCAUCCGUAAAUUCGAAGGACAAAACAGGAAGUUCAUCAUCGCCAACGCGCGGGUGGAGAACUGUGCCAUCAUCUUCUGCAACGACGCCUUCUGCGGCAUGUGCGGGUACACGCGCGGCGAGGUCAUGCAGAAGUCGUGCACCUGCAGCUUCCUGUACGGCCCAGGCACCCGGAGGCCCGCCAUGGCCCAGAUGGCCAAGGCGCUGCUGGGGGCCGAGGAGAGGAAGGUGGAGAUGUCCCUCUACACCAAGGAGGGCGAGUGCUUCCAGUGCUCCAUCGACGUCGUCCCGGUGAAGAACGAGGACGGCCUGGUCAUCAUGUUCAUCCUGAACUUUGACCUCCCCAGCGACCCGAAGCCCUCCAGCCCGUCCCCGGCCAGAGAGCUGAACAACGUGCUGCACAUCCCCUGGCUGGCCCAGGUGAGGAAGGGCCACCUGCGUCUCCUCCUGCGGUCCCUGGCCCCCGGUGGGGGCCCCCAGUCGGAGGAGAGCCUGGAGCUGGGGCCCCCCGGGGGCGGGGCGGCGCUGGGGGCCCGCCUCCCCCUGCUGGGCCACGAGUCGGUGGUGCUGGAGAAGCUGCUGUCCCUCCCCGAGAGCCGUCGGCUGCAGGAGGGGGCGUCGGGCCUGCUGCUCUGGGACCAGGAGGAGGAGGCGGCCUGGGGGGGGGGGCGGGGCCAGGCGGGGGGGCGGGACCCUUGGGGGCCGCGCCCCGCCCCCCCGACCGCGCCCGGGCCCCGAGGGUUCUACGGCUUCUCGGCGAGCGGAGGAGGGCCGGACGAGGAGGGAGAGGACUGUGCGUUUGGCGACAGCCCUCCCGCCGGCAGGCCGGAGAACGGGGCGUCCAGCGUGAAGCACUCCUCCUCCGUGGACGACCUGAAGAAGAGGCGGAGCUUCUGUGAGCGCCGCCUGCAGAUGAGACACAGCUGCACGGGUAUUGGAGCCAGUAGAAUGCCGGCUGGAAUAUCUGACCAGGAUUUGGUCCAGCAGUUGACCCAGAGCCUUCUGGAGCCCAAGACGGACUCGUACGUGGCGCUGCACUCUGGGGAGAGAGACAUCCUGGCCCCGUGUAAACUGAUGGACCGGACCCACAACGUCACCGAGAAGGUCACCCAGGUGAGUGGAGACACUCGAGGGCUUAAGGGCUGAUCGUGGUUCCACGUGGACGCAACUCAAGG